ACCCCGCGCGUCCCCGCCGCCGGGCUCCCGCUUUCCCGCGACCCCUGAGAUCCUGCAGCUCGCUUGCCUGUCCCUUGCUGGUGUCGCCGCUACUGCCGGGCCAUGGCGACCUGCUUUCUGCUGCGGAGCUUCUGGGCCGCGCGUCCCUCGCUGCCGCCUCCCGGCCGCCUCCGCCCGGAGCCCACAGGAGCCCUGCGGCGCAGCUACGCCAGCGGCCCCGCUGGCUUCCACGCCGACCUACUCCGUGGGGACAGCUUCGUGGGCGGCCGCUGGCUCCCAGCCCCCGCCACCUUCCCGGUGUACGACCCGGCCAGCGGCGCCAAGCUGGGCACCGUGGCCGACUGCGGGGUACCCGAGGCCCGCGCUGCUGUGCGCGCCGCCUACGAUGCCUUCAACAGCUGGAAAGGGGUCUCAGUCAAGGAGAGGAGUUCAUUACUCCGUAAAUGGUACGACUUAAUGAUACAAAAUAAGGACGACCUUGCCAAGAUCAUAACAGCCGAGAGUGGAAAGCCACUGAAAGAGGCCCAGGGAGAAAUUCUGUAUUCAGCCCUUUUCCUGGAGUGGUUCUCAGAGGAAGCUCGCCGUAUUUAUGGAGACAUCAUCUAUACCUCUGCCAAAGAUAAGCGAGGGCUAGUCCUCAAGCAGCCCGUUGGUGUGGCGGCCAUCAUCACACCGUGGAAUUUUCCCAGUGCGAUGAUCACCCGGAAAGUGGGGGCCGCCUUGGCAGCUGGCUGCACUGUGGUGGUGAAACCUGCUGAAGACACGCCCUAUUCCGCCCUGGCCCUGGCUCAGCUUGCAAACCAGGCGGGAAUCCCUCCAGGUGUCUACAACGUUAUUCCCUGCUCUAGAAACAAGGCCAAGGAAGUGGGAGAGGUCCUGUGUACCGAUCCAUUGGUGUCCAAAAUUUCCUUUACUGGCUCAACAGCAACGGGGAAGAUCCUGCUACAUCACGCAGCAAAUUCUGUGAAGCGUGUCUCCAUGGAGUUGGGUGGCCUCGCCCCAUUCAUUGUCUUUGACAGUGCCAACGUAGACCAGGCCGUCGCGGGGGCAAUGGCGUCUAAAUUUAGGAAUGCUGGGCAGACUUGCGUUUGCUCAAACAGAUUCUUGGUACAGCGGGGUAUCCACGAUUCCUUUGUAACGAAAUUUGCGGAAGCCAUGAAGAAAAGCCUGCGUGUAGGUAACGGAUUUGAGGAAGGAACGACUCAAGGGCCGUUAAUUAAUGAGAAAGCUGUAGAAAAGGUAGAGAAGCAGGUGAAUGACGCAGUUGCCAAAGGGGCCACGGUUGUGACGGGUGGAAAGCGACACCAAAGUGGAGGAAAUUUCUUUGAGCCCACCCUGCUCAGCAAUGUCACCAGGGACAUGCUCUGCAUCACUGAGGAGACCUUUGGGCCUCUGGCACCAGUCAUCAAGUUUGAUAAGGAGGAAGAGGCCGUCGCUAUCGCAAAUGCAGCUGAGGUUGGAUUGGCAGGUUACUUUUACUCUCAAGACCCAGCCCAGAUCUGGAGAGUGGCGGAGCAGCUGGAGGUCGGCAUGGUCGGUGUGAAUGAAGGACUGAUCUCUUCAGUGGAAUGUCCUUUUGGUGGGGUGAAACAGUCCGGCCUUGGGCGCGAAGGGUCCAAGUAUGGCAUUGACGAGUACCUAGAGGUCAAGUAUGUGUGUUACGGAGGCUUGUAGGGUUCUGCACUUCUUUAAGAAAUAAAACUACCUAGAUCUGUAGGGACA